AUGCGACCUGCUGUUCCUGUGGAGAAGAGGGUCGCUGCAUCCAUCUGGUAUCUAGCAAAUGCCAACACCUACAGGGAGGUUGAGCAACAAUUCGGUCUGGGUCUUUCAACGGUGGGAAAGAUGGUUCUUGAAUUUUGCAUUGCUCUUGAAAUUAAGCUGUACAGGAAAACAGUGUGCAUUGGCCAAGACAUCAACAAGAUAAUGGCGGGCUUUGCAGAACUGGGAAUGCCUCACUGCGUCGGGGCAAUCGACGGCUGUCACAUCCCUAUUAACAACCCGAAGGGAGUGGUGGAGGAGUAUGGCAACCGCAAGAACUUUUCGUCAAUGCUGCUGCAAGGGACGGUGGACCACAGCGGAAGAUUCAUUGAUGCAGAGACCGGAUGGGCGGGACGAAAUAACGAUGCGGGGGUGUUCACGCAAAGUAAUCUGUGUAGAGCAAUGGACUCGGGCUGCUUCGUGCCGGGUAAUCCUGUAAUCACUCUUGAUGGGGUCAGUGUCCCCGCCUUGAUGAUAGCUGAUGGUGCUUACCCCAUGAGACGUUGGCUGAUGACUCCUAUUCGGAAUCCUGCGGGGGCCAGGGAAAGGAAUUUUUGCUACCGUCUGAGCAGGGCACGUAAUGUGGUGGAGAGGGCAUUCGGGAGACUAAAAUCGCGUUGGCGCUGCCUGUCAGAGCGUCUAAAGGUGUCCACGAGUCAUGCUGUCUCUGUUAUUGUGGCUUGUGUGAUUCUGCACAAUAUUUGCGAGGCAAGGGGACACUCCGUUUGGCCAGCAGAGGAGCCCUGUGUUGUGAUUCAUACACAGGAAGAUGAGGAUUAUAACCCACAUGAGGAGAGAAACCUGCCUGAGGGGAGGGAUGUUAGAGAGGUUCUGGUAGAUUUCAUGUGGAGGAAUCGCAGGGGUGCCUAG